AUGGCUUCCCAGGAGAGAGUAGGGGCAAUGCCCAAAGGAACUGGGUUCUGGCGCUGUCCCCAGACGACCACUUACACCCCCAGGACCUGCGAGCUGCUCAGAGUGAUGAUGAAGGAAUCCAAACUGACCAACUUCCAACAACGCCACCUCAUGGACACCAUGAAAAGAGGAGACACGCUGCCCCUGCAGUGCAGCCCCACAUUCAGCCAGAGGCUGUCCCCGCCCAAGCAGUCGGCCGUCAUCUGCCUGCCUUCCAUCCUGGCCGCCCAGCCCCACCUCCGGCCUGCCGACGUGUGCCAAGCCAACGGGGCCUACACUCGGGAGCAGUUCAAGCCUCAAGCCCCGAGAGAUCUGGAGAAGGAGAAGCGAAGACUCCAAAACAUCUUUGCUACCGGGAAGCCGGAGGGAUGCAAAAGAAAGGUGCCCCCUGUGCGCCAGGAGGAGCCAGCCCCCGAGCCAGACCGCUUUGAAGAACUGGUGAAGGAGAUCCAGGAGAGGAAAGAGUUCCUGGCCGCCAUGGAGGCCCUGGGCCAGGGCAGACAGUACCGAGGCAUCAUCCUCACUGAAAUCUCCCAGAAACUACGAGAAAUGGAAGAUAUUGACCAGAAGAGGAGCGAGGGACUGAGGAAGGCCCUGGCCACCACUUAA